ACAGAAAGACAAAAUAUGAAAUUGGAUGGAGUGAAACAAAAACUUUCGGAUGAGUAGAUUAAUAUAAAAAAUGAAACUAAUGAGGAAGAAAAACAUUAUAAAGUUAAACCCAAGACUUGCCAUUGUUUUUUCUUCAUCCAAAAGUCUUUUUUGCUUUCAAAUUCUCAAAUCUGUGUUUCUGAUCAUUUCCACUCUUUGUUUUUCAAUUUUCACAUUUUCUUGUAUUCUGUCUGUCAAUUAAGGGAAAAAAAAAACUUUCUUUUAUUUCUGAAAACCAAUCUUUCUUCAUACCUUGAUUUCCGCUUGGCAAAAGAAACAGUGCAGAGGAUAGUUCAGUGAAGAUAAGUCUUGAGGAACUGCUCCUCAUCUUCCUUGCUAUAUAUUUUCAUCUUUUUGUUGAAUGGCAUUCAGUUUGUGUUGCUACUUAUUUCUCUGAAGCUCUAUUUACUUUCUGGUAUUCACAGACAGAAAGAGAGGCUAUCAAAAAAAAGGCCGAAUCACUUGCCUCUGCUGCUGUCGAAAAUGUGACAAACCAGGCAAUGGAAUGCGCAUCGCCCUAUCUCCGUUACUUUUUCUGUUAUAGAGAGAUUGUUCAAGAUUUCACGAAUCAACGAAACGCUCUUAAAUUGAGGAAACAGAGGGUGGACACUCGUGUCGAUGAGGCUAAAAGGCAAAUUGAGGUCAUCUAUGAGGACGUUGAGGACUGGCUUAAAAGGGCUGAGAAAGAACUGGAACAAACCCAGAACUUGCAAGAUGAAAUAGAUCGCGUCAAGUGUUUCAAAUGGUGUCCUCAAUGGGGCUGGCGAUAUUGCUUAAGUAAGAAACUGGCAGAGAAGACUCCUAUUAUCUCUCAACUUUUAGGGACUUCUAACUUUGCACAGGUGGGCUAUCGCGGUUCUUAUCAAGGGAUAGAGUUCAUCACAUCCACGGAUUUCAUGGACUCUGUAUCUUCAAAAUCAGCUUUGAACCAGAUCAUGGAGGCUAUAAAUGCUAAGGAUGUCAACAUGAUCGGACUGUACGGAAUGCCAGGAGUUGGUAAAACAACUUUAGCCAAAGAAGUUGGGAAGCAUGUUGGAGAAAAAAAGCUCUUUAAUAACGUUGUGAUGUUUACUGUGUCCCAAAAUCCAAACAUCAACGAAAUUCAAGAUAAAGUUGCAGAUAUUUUUGGUUUAAAAUUUCAAACAAAAACCCAAGAAAGAAGAGCAGAAGAGUUAUGGUUGAGAUUGAAAGUUGAGAAGGACAUAUUCAUAAUUAUCGACAAUCUCUGGAAAGAAAUCAAAUUGGAGAGAAUCGGAAUUCCAUUCGGUGUUGAACAUGAGGGUUGUAAAAUUCUUCUGACUACACGUCAUCAACAAGUCUGCACUAAAAUGAACUGUCAGAAGGAAAUUCAUCUUGGCAUCUUAUCCGAAGACGAAGCAUGGGUUUUAUUUCGAGAUCAAGCUGGUUUAGAAGGUAACAGUUCCGCCUUGAAUAAUGAAGCCAAAGAAGUUGCUGCUCAAUGUAAGGGAUUGCCUCUUGCAAUUGUUGUCGUGGCCAGAGCUUUAAAAGGUGAGGGUUUAGAUUUAAAUGGGUGGAAAGCCGUAAAUCAGAGAUUCAAGGAGUCAAGGCAUUUGGAUAAUGAAGUUUUCGGAGAUGUCCUCCAGCCUCUUAAGCUUAGCUACGAUUAUUUGAAGAAAGGCAAUAACCAAACGACGGAAAAUGACAUCCAAAUGUGUUUCUUACUGUGUUCCCUUUUUCCUGAAGAUACUGAAAUCCCUAUUGAGGGGUUGAUUAUGUGCGGAAUUGGAGUAGGAUUGUUCCCUAAUGCUAACUCGAUUGAAGAUAAAAGGAAUGAAAUUGGUAUGGCACUAAAAAAACUCCAAAAAUCUGGCUUGUUAUUGGAAAUUGAUGGUGCAGAAAGGAUAAGAAUGCAUGAUGUGGUUCGAGAUUUUGCUCAUUGGCUAACAUCAACCGGAGAAAAUAGGAUCAUGGUAAAAGAUAAGUUGAAAGAAUGGCCUGAUAUGGUUGAAAGUUUUGAAUGUUACACUGCAAUCGCUUUAUGGAAUUGUAGUAGUAACAUAAAAUUUCCUGACAAAGUGGAAUUUUCAAAGCUCAAGACUUUGUUUCUUGAGGGGGAGGAUUGGGAUGAUUUACUAGUGGUUUCCAGUACAUUUUUUGAAGAAAUGAAAGCCCUCCAAGUUUUAUAUCUUCGAAAUGUCAGUUUCUCAGCAAAAGGAUUCCCUUCCUUACCGAAUCUCAAAACUUUGUGUUGUGAUAGUUGCGAGCUUAAAAACUUCCCAUCAUCACUGACAAAUCUUGAGAUUCUUGCAUUGUUUGACACUGAGAUUGAUGAGAUAAGUGAAGAAUUAGUGAAAUUGUCUACACUGAAAUAUUUACGUCUUUCUAAAGAUCAAUUUUAUGAGGAAUCAGAAAUGAGAAUCCACCCAAGCUUGCUGUCAAGAUUGACUUCAUUGCAAGAGUUACAUUUGCAAAGCAAAAUCACUAUCAACUUAUUGGAGUUGAAUUCAUUGUCUUGUUUAACUGCGCUAUCAUUGAGACUUUCUACUGAUCAAUUUUCUCAAGAAGAUUUUGUGUUCCCUAAACUACAAAUGUACACUAUAGUUGUAAAUGGGGAUUUUACCUAUGAGUCGGCGUUUAGAGCAUUGAAAAUUCAUGACUUCUCAUCCUCAUUGAGUGCAUUUAGCAAUUUAUUUUACAAUGUGGAAAAGUUGAAGUUAGAGAAUGUUAGUGGACAAAAGAACAUCGUGCCAAGCAUAGGUGAAAUGGGUGUAAAUGAGUUGACUUCUUUGAAGCUUCAAUCUUGCGAUGAUAUGGAAUUCUUGACUGUUAUAACAAGGGAUCAGGGGCCAAGUGUUGCAUUAUGUAAUUUGGUGGAAUUAAAUAUACGAAGCAUGGUUUCAUUGAAAGGGUUGUGCUUCGGUCUUUCUCCGACUAGGUUCUUGCAAAACGUUAAGCAAGUGAUCAUCAAAUAUUGUCAGCAGUUACAAGUGAUAUUUCAAAUCGAUGAACUUUCUGAAAAUGACCAAUGUCAGAUAGCACUUCUAUCAAAUUUAGCAAUAUUAAAUCUAGAUUUAUUACCGAACUUGGAGAGCAUAUGGAAAUUAGAGCCAUCACAUCAAGAAAUUGUAAGCCUCACGAGACUAAAGGUUGUAACAAUUUCAAAUUGCGAUAAACUAAAAACAAUCUUCUCACCUUGCCUAUCUCAAAGCAUGUUGCAUCUACAAGAACUCACCAUAAGCUACUGCGAUAAAGUAGAGCAAGUCAUUGGUUUUGUCCAAGAAGAAGAGAUUAUUGAGAAUGAUUAUCCUCUUUGUUGUUGGCCGAAAUUGGAAAUUCUUCGAAUAAAAUUUUGCGAAAGUUUGAAAUAUGUUUGUGUAAACACUUUGACUCUGGGGCGUGAAUCCUUGAAAUAUGUUUCCAUAAAAAGUUGUCCUAAACUUAUACAAGUCUUCAAUACGGAACAAAAUAAGUAUGGACAAGAUAUUCUGCUUCCUGGACUUGGAUCACAGGAAUCUUUUGUAAAUUUAACUCGAUUAGAGUUAACUGAAACUGCAUUGUUGAAUUUCAAAUAUCUCUUUUCGAAAUUCACUGCUCGGACUUUGGUGCAUUUGGAAAUUCUCAAGAUUCGGGAUUGGUCCUUUUUGGAACAUUUAAUCGAAGAAGUGGAAAAGGUGGAUGACAUAUAUGUUUCAAACAUGAAAAAUCAUUAUCCUCUGUUCCGGCCAAAAUUGAGAAGUGUCACGAUAAAAAGUUGUGAAAACUUGAAAUAUUUGUGUUCAAGUACAUUUGCUCAAAGGCUUCCCAACCUGAAUUAUAUCAGUAUAGAAGAUUGUCCUCGACUUAUACAAGUCUUCAACAUGGAAACAAAUAAGGAUGAAUUUGAAUUACAGAAUCUUUGCUGGCCAAAAUUGGAAAUUCUUCGGAUAGUGAAUUGCCAAAUAUUGAAAUAUGUGUUACCAAACACUCUACUUAAUGUGCCCUUUCUGCAAUAUUUAGAAGUGUUAAAUUGUCCCCAAUUCUCAUGCUUCAUUGUACAAGCUCCGCUCAUAAAGGUAUUAUUUAAAUUGUUUGCAUUUUGUAUAUGGAUCAGAGUAGUAGUAUUCUCUAUUACUUGGAAUAUGUAAAAUUAUGAAGACUUAUGGGCAACAUUUACUGUAGUGUGUUUUUAUGACAUUUGUUAGGAUUUCUAUGUGUACGUAGGAAUUGGUUCUUAGAGACGUGGGAAAUAGCCACCGGUUAUGUGACAUUGAUGUCCCUGUAUUGAAUAAAGAUUGUAUAGUAGUUGGGAAUCAUAAAGAA